UUUCUGUUCCAUCAAUGGAGAAUGCUGUCGUUAAAACAUCGAAUCUUUCAGACAUCAUCUCCAAACUCACUAAAGUCUGCAAGUUUAGAUCCAUUGGUGUGUUCCCUGACCAUAAACCGAAUCCGAACACUCCUUCUGAUGAAGUAGUAGCAGAAGUCUUCGAAGAUAUCACUUGCAAACCCUCGAGAAAGAUUCCAAGUUCCCGUUGGAACGAUGCUGAGGUUUCGAAGCUGUUCGACGCUGUUACAUCGCUUAAGCUCGCGUAUCUCGAGUUUCAACGAGCUCAUCUGCCUUACGAUCCAGACAAGAUCAUAGAAGCAGACAACCUCGUCGUCUCUCACCUCGAAACGCUACGAAGAUUCAAACGUCUCUACCUCAAAACAAAGCAGCUCCAAGCCAAGACCGAGCUUGACGCCGCUUCUUGCUUGAACCGGUUGAGAGACGAAGUGGAAGUGAACGAGAAGCAUUUGUGGGAGCUCAAGACGCAGACGAAAGCAAAGGAGAGUGAGGUUCACUCCCUGAAGGAGACACUAAACUGUUUGGUCGCAGAGAAUAACAAACUCGAAGAGAGGCUCGUGAGCGUCUCCUCCUUUGAGUUCGUGUUCAGAGCUGCUUCUAAGUCGAUACACGACUUUGCAAAGCCGUUGAUCACUCUCAUGAAAGCUACAGAAUGGAAUCUUGAGAAAGCAGUUGAAUCUAUCGUGCCUAAUGUAACGUACGCUAAGAACUCAGACAAGAAGUAUGCUUUUGAGUCGUACAUCGUUCAGAGAAUGUUCCACGGCAUGAAGCUUAUUCCUUCUGACGUGACUGAGCUGAUGAGUUUAGAUGAUCCGUUGGACGCGUUGACAGCGUUUCCAGAUUCGGCGUUUGCGAGAUUCUGCGGUCAGAAGUAUCUAUUAGUUGUUCAUCCGUUGAUGGAAGCUUCCUUCUUUGGGAAUUUAGAUAUGAGGGGGCUUGUUCUGCUUGGUAAGCAUCCAAGAACUGUGUUUUAUCGAAUCUUUGCGAAAAUGGCGAAGUGGGUAUGGGUUCUUGGAUCGUUAGCAGCUUCUUUGGAUAUAGAAGCGAAGAUCUUUGUGGUCAGAAGAGGAACCAGAUUCUCAGGUGCCUACAUGGAGUCUGUAGUGGGUGAUGAUACAAGAAAAGAGGAAGAAGGACAAGAGGAUUUGAGAGUUGAGUUUAUCACAAUGCCGGGGUUUAAGGUUGGAGAUUCAGUGUUUAAAUCCCAUGUUUAUCUUUAUCAAACAAAAAGGUGAAAAGAAAAAAGCUUUUUAGAUUUGAUUGUUAAACAUUUCUGCUUUAGUUUUGAAAGUUUUGUAGGUAAGGAUAUCAUUUGCUUUGUAACUAUGUACACAUUCAAGAUUCAGUCUGUUGAUUCUAGAAGCAAUUUAAAUCUCGGUGCAUCAGUAAAAGUUCAUAUUCGCUUUGGCCAGAUGAAUCUUGGAUGUAUACAAAAUUACAA